GCAUGCGCAGGCUGCCCAGCCGCGGGGGGUGGGGGGUGCGGGGAGAAAAGGGGCGGGGUGGUGGGAGCUGCUGUGCUGGCAGCAGUAGGCGAGGGCGCGGCUGCGGGGUUCCUGGUGCUGAGGACGGACGCCAUUGGAGCCCCAGGGAAGGCUGAGCUCUCUUCUCCUUGGGACCCCCAGCAUGGCAGAGGGAAGCUACCGCAAGGAAUCUGAAGGGUACAACGUUGAAGACAUGGACGAGGGUAGUGAUGAAGUCGGGGAGGAAGACAUGGUUGAAGGCAACGACUAUGAAGAAUUUGGUGCUUUCGGAGGCUACGGCGCCCUCACCAGCUUUGACAUCCGCAUCCUCAGAGCCUUUGGGAGCUUGGGUCCAGGCUUUCGCAUCUUAGCGAAUGAGCCCUGGGAACUGGAAAACCCUGUGCUGGCCAGAACUCUGCUGGAGGCAUUUCGGAUGGAUCCAGAAACACUUGCCAAUGAGACGGCUGCCCGUGCUGCCAACGUAGCCCGGGCCGCCGCCUCUAACCAAGCUGCUCGGGCCGCUGCCACUGCUGCCCGUGCCACCUACAAUCAGGUGGUCACUAACCACCACCCGGUGGCCACACACCAGGCAUCAGGAGGCGAUACUCAGCCCAUGACAUCUGCUGCCCAGGCUCCGGCAGCCACCCCUGAGACAAGCAUCGCUUCUCCGCACAGCUCCCAGAUGCUAGUCAAUAGCGAGAUGGCUGCCCCUGGGGCUCCAGCAAGGUCUCCACAGCCGCAGACAUCCUCCCAGGCCCAGGAAGCUGCAGCCGAGGGCCCUAGUACGGCCUGUGCUUUCCCCCAGGCCUCGCGUGCAAGUGAGAUGGAUGCCACCCGGCCCAAGACAGCCUUCCUGGGUCAGAACGACGCCUUUGAUUUCAGCCAGCCGGCAGGUGUCAGUGGCAUGGCCUUCCCACGCCCCAAGAGACCUGCCCCGGCCCAAGAGGCUGCCACAGAGGGCCCCAGUGUUGCCUCCAGGGGCACUCAGGCAGCCUCUACCGGGGAGGGGGCGGCCACCCGGCCGAAGACGACCAAGUCCGGGAAGGCUCUCGCCAAGACUCGCUGGGUGGAGCCUCAGAAUGUUGUGGCAGCAGCUGCCGCCAAGGCCAAGAUGGCCACGAGCAUCCCUGAGCCUGAGAGUGCAGCUGCCACUUCUCAGCAGAGUGCGGAGCCCUGGGCCAGAAUGGGCGGCAAGAGGACAAAGAAGUCCAAGCACCUGGAUGACGAAUAUGAGAGCAGCGAGGAGGAGAGAGAGCCUCCUGUGGUCCCACCGACCUGGAGGGCAUCGCAGCCCCUGCUGACGACCGCGCGGCCUCAGAUGGCCCCUCGGCCCCCCAUGGCCCUGAGGUCCCAGGUACCCUCAAGGCACGUGCUGUGCUUGCCACCCCGCAAUGUGACCCUUCUGCAAGAGAGGGCAAAUAAGUUGGUGAAAUAUCUGAUGAUUAAAGACUACAAGAAGAUCCCCAUCAAGCGCUCAGACAUGCUGAAGGAUGUCAUCCGAGAGUAUGACGAACACUUCCCUGAGAUCAUUGAACGAGCAACGUACACUCUGGAAAAGAAGUUCGGGAUCCACCUGAAGGAAAUUGACAAGGAAGAGCACCUGUACAUUCUCGUCUGCACACGGGAUUCGUCAGCCCGCCUCCUGGGAAAGACCAAGGACACUCCCAGGCUGAGUCUCCUCUUGGUGAUUCUGGGUGUCAUCUUCAUGAAUGGCAACCGCGCCAGCGAGGCUGUCCUCUGGGAGGCACUCCGCAAGAUGGGACUGCGCCCCGGGGUGAGGCACCCAUUCCUUGGCGAUCUGAGGAAACUCAUUACAGAGGACUUUGUGAAGCAGAAGUACCUGGAAUACAAGAAGGUCCCCAGUAGCAGCCCACCCGAGUAUGAGUUCCUCUGGGGUCUGCGCGCCUGCCAUGAGACCAGCAAGAUGAGGGUGCUGAGGUUCAUCGCCCAGUAUCAGAACCGAGACCCCCGGGAAUGGAGGGCUCAUUUCUUGGAGGCUGUGGAUGAUGCUUUCAAGACGAUGGAUGUGGAUAUGGCCGAGGAGCAUGCCAGGGCCCAGAUGAGGGCCCAGAUGAACAUCGGGGAGGAAGCUCUGAUUGGACGGUGGAGCUGGGAUGAUAUCCAGGUGGAGCUCCUGACCUGGGAUGAGGACGGAGAUUUUGGCGACGCCUGGUCCAGGAUCCCCUUCGCUUUCUGGGCCAGAUACCAUCAGUACAUUCUGAAUAGCAACCGUGCCAACAGGAGAGGUACCUGGAGGGCUGGUGUCAGCAGUGGCACCAAUGGCGCGGCCAGCGCCAGCAUGCUUGAUGGCCCCAGCACCAGCUCCACCAUCCGGACCAGAAACGCUGCCAGAACCAGUGCCAGCUUCUUCUCCUGGAUUCAGCAGCCCUGAAGAGCUGUGGCAGUCCCCCGCCGAGCCAGAGUGCCUCCGCUGCCCGGUCCCUGACAGAGCACUCUAGGCCCGCUUCUCCCUGUCCAUGGAAGAUGGCAUGCAAGAUGACGCACUCUAUGCCCUUCCUGCUUUCAUUGUGUGCUUUCCUCGUGCUGUCGUGUUUUGGGUAUCUGUGUUCCAUUAAAGUUGCGAAAUCAA